AGUACUUUGAGAAUUCAUGUCAAUAGUGGAGUACGUUUAAGGGUUUUUAUUAAGUAUAAACGUUUUAUGCUCCCUCAAUUUGCAUUUAUAAACAUAGAUAAUAGUUGAUCGUGCAGUGUAUGUUGUUUUCUAUGUAACGGUCAGUUCGUAUAAACGGAGAAGUUGAGAGUUUAAGUAAAUCAGGUGUGAUGCGCUGAGGAUUACGCGUUGAAACCACUUUGUUUAUACUCUAGUCGAAACCAUUAGUGUUUCAUCGUUUAUAUAGUGAUAACAGUCGUUUUCGCGAUUGAGAGAAAAAGUGUUAUUGAUAUAUCUUGGGAUUUUACUUCGGAUGAAUAACAUGUACUGAGAAUAUUACUGGACUCGGCUUAUUGACUCCAUCAGCAUGGGAGUUCCCUUUCAUCAGGGGCCGUUCAAAGGGCUAAUAUUUAUCAUAUUGUACAGCCUGACGUCAGUUGAUGGUGAAAUAAGAUGCUAUUGCAAUGAAUCUGGGUGUGUUACUACGGGUUACAUGUGUAAAUCUCAGCUCGGCAUGUGUUAUUCGCACGUAAAAUACCUAGAUGCCAACAUGGACCCCAGCACUUCCACUAUAGUAUCAGGAUGCGCAGACACGUUGCAAGAGGAACCAAGAAUAAGGACAUGCGCAGUAAACGGUGUUGGUAACAAAAUGACCCAAACGAGCGUAAAUGCCACAACGGUCGUAAAGGAAUCCAACGACGUUGAAAUUAAGGAAACUGUAGUGGUUGAACCAGUAAAAGCGGAUAUUAGUGAAAUAAACAACAAUGUUGAUCCUACAAAACAAGAAUUAAUAUGUUGUACAUUAGAUAUGUGUAACUACAGGGACAGUUAUGAACUCAGUGUCAUUAUUGAACAAGCUCCAGAUCGCAGAGGCAGCACAGAUGGAAUCUCAUCAAAAAGAACUCACGAAACACCAAAACCACAGAAAGACCUUUGGUUCAAGGCGGCCGUGAUAGCUGUUCCAAUCGCCGGUGGUUUUAUUCUCAUCCUAUUAGUUCUACUUGCAGUGCGCAUGCUCAGAACGGAUUCACGGCAGCAUAAAAGACUCAUUCAAAUUCGGCGGGAAAGGAGCUUAACAAAAGCUCAGUUAUACGUCACAGACCAUUUCAUUGAUAAAGAGAAAGGUUUAGUCACAAAUGACAAUCAAAUUUAUACUAAAAGUCAUAGUCAUGUACAGUGUAAUAGUCAAAAUAAUUUAAAACGAGACCAUAGUCAUUCUCAUAGACAUUCUAAUUGCCAUCACCAUCAUCAUAAACAGAGUCAUCCGAAACAGUGUCAUCCGAAAGUGACAACAGACCGUGAAGGUCAUACGUAUGAACAAAUUAUUUCACAAAACAGUGACACAAAUUCUACCGGAUGUGAUCAUAAGUGUGGUAGUACUCGGACAUCACCGUUACCGUCUGUGAUUAUAUGGGGCAAAACAAACCAAGCGGAUACUGCGGAUGUUGUAUAGCAUUUUCAGAAGACUUAAAUGACAUUAUAGGGUAAAAAAAUGACUAUUAUUAAUAUUGUGAUUACGAAUAACCGUUGAGCCGGAUUGCUUCUGUGUUUAACGUUAAUCUAAGAGGAGGACAGAAAUCGUCAAAACAUUUGUGAUUAUUUUUAGCAGUUGUCGGCUGUGCGGACACAGUUAAUGUAAAUUAUGUGAAUCUUGUCAAUUUGAAAAGUUUGCUCAUUAUUAUUCAUCAUUAUAAAAAGUGGAUAUUAGAAUUUAGGUCCACUCUAAAUGUAUAUAUCACUAUCAUCCCCAUUUCUCCUAGUUCAUCCCUGUAAACGUGAUACGGCGCAUACGUGAGAACGUGAUACUGCGCAUGCGUGAGCUAUUUUUAAUUGCCACAAAAAUGUAUGUUUUCUGAAUGAAAGAUGCUAAAUUUUCCUUUAUUGUUCUGAAAGAAUUUCGAAAAUGAUUCAUGCGUGACUUAUUCGUCGAAGAUCAUUUAAUUAGCAUAAUUAUGUUAUAAUAAAUGUAAAAUAAAAUCAAGUUUUAUUUAUAGAAUGCCAAUUUGAGGAAAUGCAUACUUUUGUGGUUUUAUCUAUCGAAUAAUUUUAGAUGUUGGGUGAAAUGCUAAAAUGUCAAAAAUUGGUAUUACAAUAUCCAAUGAUAUAUUUCUAUUUCCUUUUGUUUCCUGGAAAUGUCCUGAAUUCAAAUGUCAGUUCCGCAUGCAAUUUUUAUUGUUCAAAGUGCCUUUAAAUUCUGUGGCAAUACAUUAUUUAUUAUAACUGUUAUUAGUGUACAUGGUAUAGGACCUUUUGUACAGUGUGCUUUGAAGGCAAAAGAUGAAGGGAAUUGUUAACAGCCAUGGGAUAAUUAUGUGGAAUGCAAUAUUGGUUUUAUAUAUCUAUAUACAUGUAUACAUAGUGCAUGCCAAUCUGACUGAAAAUAAUAUUAAAAGGGGGAGAAAAAUCAAAAUAUUUUUUUCCUUUGAAGAUUUAUGCAUUCCAUGGUAUAUUUUCGUGACAGUGGCAUAACUAUUGUACAUGUUUUCAUUAUAAAUGAAAUGAUUAUAAGAGGUUUUCAAAAUCAAAAGAAUGUUUUCAAAAAAUGUCUGUGGUAAAAUGUGUGUUUUAUAAUAUAUAUUUUAAAUAUUUAUUUCUAUGAAAAAUAAAAUGAUGAAAAAAAAUGUUACUGAAGAAAAAA